AUGAUAGCCGCGGCCGCACACUUCAUCUCUUCCUCUCCCUUCUCCCGCGCGCUGCUCUCCCCCUUUGACUCUCCCCCGCCGCUCCAGCCUCUUUUUUUCUUGUGCUUUUGCUGCUGCUUCGUCUUCUGCGCCGGCGUUCUAGUAGUUCUCUUAAUGCGCCUGCUGGACGAGCUGUCUUUUUUCCACAGAGUUCAACAGAUCUGCCAGCAAGUAUACCAUAGCGUUGUGUCGUUUGUUUUUCUUCCUAGCAUACCCCGUAUACCCACCAUACCCGGCCGUCAGAGCCUCAGCUUCAGUAACAGUAGACUGCUUGCCUGGAGACUACCUAGGGGUGGCAUCCGUAUCUUCCAGGCGAGCAGCAGGUCUCCUCCUGCAUCUAUAUCGUCUAUACCACCUAUACCUCCGUCUACAUCUACAUCUACGCCUGUAUCAUCUUCUGCCUCUGGUAGCCCAUCUGGUGGCAGAGGUGAUUCUUGCCUCCAUCUAUCAAAACAUCCAAAUAUCUUCUUCCCUCUCUUCUUUUUUGUCCUCCCAACAACAACAACAUCACCACGUCCAUUACGGUCUUUACAGCUUCAACGUCUACUCACCAUCCUUGCUUUUAUCACGUUCAAGUCUGCUCUACCAUCUGCUCCCUUUGUCUAUCUCUGCUCUGCCAAAUCCAUCAGAUCGGUCCUCUCGACUUCACCGGCUUCAAAGCUCAAGGUCUUGACAUCUUGUCUUCUCUCCGUUUACCACCUUGCAAAACUGUCAACGCCCUUCUUUACCCUUCUAUCAAGCUCAAAGACGUCUGUUACUGUCUUCUUUACCCUCUCUACCGCGUGUACCAGGUCUAUCAGACCGUCUUCUCUCUCUCGUUGCCCUUCUAUCACGCCCAGAGACUCCUGUUUACCCCUUACCAAAACUCUCUUCUACCACGCGUAUCAAGACUAUCAAGUCUACUCUACCUCAAAGUCUUCUCUCUUCUACGCGUCUCACGUCAGACUGCUUCCAAAACUCCCUUACAACCCUCUAUCAAACCUCUAUCAAAUCCAUCACAGCCACUCUACAACCAUCACAAUGGCCUCUCAAUCAGAACAGAUGGAAUGGGAGCCUACUACCCCCAUCAGAACUCUUCUUCCAGGACAAGUUCUAACUUUACAGCGCGAAUUACUCGUUGCUCGUGCAGGUCGAAGACGCACCAUGGGGCUAGAAUAUCCCGCCACUUCAGCCGACCACCGUCCAGCACUCACCAGACGUCCUCUGGAGAGAAGCUCGCCCAAAAGGCAGUGGGCUCGUAUCCUCGCUGGCGUCGAUGUCAGGUUUGGAGAAGCUCCGCCUGCUGCUCCAGAGAAUGGCCCCGUUACUCAGCCCUGUUUACCCCUGAACAAGGACUCGCCUCCUAUCACGCCUAGAAAGCGCGUUAUUGAAGAAGUCGACGAGCCAGAGCAGUACGAGGACCGUUUCUCUGACCAGACGGGACAGGAAGCACCCUCUUCUGUACCAAAUGUCAUUGAUUCCCCUCAGGAUGUCUCAAUGGUUGAUGUCUUCACUCCUCCCCAUCAGUCUGAGGAAACCGCUCCCUCUCAACCUCGACCUAACUGGUUUGAACUACAAAACAGAAAUCGAGAUGGCAUGGCAGGCUCAAGCCUUGAAGCAUCACUGCAAUUCGGCAGCUCAAGCCACGGAGCUGUCGAUGUCAAUUCACUUCUUUCGCAAAUUCCAGGCAGCUGGCCAGUGUCCCCGCCCAGACCCUUGGCGGCGCCAGUUGACCUGCCCGUCCAGCCCUCUCCAGAGGUAAAGGACGCUCUGCCAUCACCAAACUCUCGAGCUAGGGAGUUUCUGAUGGUGGGGGGCAUAGAAUCUGCCGGCCCGGAAAGAAGUACAGUGGUGCCUCGCCCGGCUGACGUCCCCAUGACAUUCUUACAACCUGAGUCACGUCUUCUCAAGUUUGCCAAAAUGCUUAAUGGACUGCUAUGGCUGGACAGUACAAACCAGCAAGAAUAUUAUUUCGUCAGCGAAGAGAAUAGCCAUCGAUUCAUGGACAUCCCAGACCUCUCAGGCUACCCCCUUACCCUCUGUUACUAG